AAAAAAUGGAGGAGUAAAUAUUCAAGAUAGUGAUUAUAGGGAAUAGUGCUGUAGGGAAAUCAUCCUUAUUGAUUCGAUAUUGUGAUGAUACUUUUAGAGAUAUUUAUUUAAGCACAAUAGGAGUUGACUUCAGAUUUAAAACAAUAAAGUUAGAUGGACAAGGAAUAAAGUUGCAGAUAUGGGACACUGCAGGUCAAGAGAGAUUCAGAAACAUCACAAACUCAUAUUACAAAGGUAUGGAGACAAUGUUUACGUCUAGGCGCUUAAGGGAUUGUGAUUGUGUAUGAUGUGACAAAUGCAAAAUCAUUUGAAGAUGUAACUAAAUAUUGGAUGGCAGAAUUAUCUCAUUAUGCAGACUAGAAUGUAAAGUUGAUGCUACUUGGAAAUAAGAUAGAUAUGGCAACAGAAGAGACUAGAUAAGUUAGUGAGGAGAUGGCUGAGUAAUUAUCAAAAGAAUUUAAUAUGCAGCAUCACGUUGUGAGUGCAAAGACAGCUGAACAAGUAUGAAUAUGAUAGCAAUAUUUAACAGGUUGAGAGUGCUUUUAUCAAUUUGGCAAGAUCUAUAUAUAAUGAGAAAUCAUUAAGAGAAAUGGUCCAUCCAUAACAAUAAUAGUUGACUAGUAAAAAGAAUAAAGAUGAAAAGUAAAAGGGUUGUUGUUGA